GCGGGGUACUUGGCGUACUACGAGAUCCGGGACAUCCAAGAGACGGAUUCUGAGGCUUUCACGAGAUUCGACUCGGAACGCGUCUGCGCGUACGUCGUCAGCGACGGCGAGUGGAUCGGCUAUGACGACGAGGCAACGAUUUGUGCGAAGCUCGCUUUCGCGCGUGAGAAGGGUCUCGCGGGAUCCAUGGUAUGGGCCCUGGAUCUGGACGACAUGGACGGCUCCUUCAGCGACAGGCCGUAUCCGCUGAUCUCCCUCAUGAGCACUGCCGGCAUGACGUGCCCGGACAGCUCAAGCCAGCGGCCCACGACGGACGCGCCGGUUACGACGCAGCCGGCGACGACAGCGGAGCCCACAACUGUUUCGACCACGCGGCCGGCCUCAACCACAACUGAGCCAGCUUCAACCACUGCGAGCACGACGGCACCUGCCCCUGCCACGACCGCGGCCGCAACGACCGUCGCCGCCACGACCACAACCACCCCUGGCGCAAGCAGCACGGGUGCCUGUGUUCGGAACCCGAGCUGCGAUGGAAAUGCUUGGUGCAACAACAUGGACUACGUGACGUGGUGCCCGAACAACGCAGGGAGCUGCCCUGAACCGAUGUGCAUGCGCCGCGGUGCCAGCACCACCGGCGGAACUGAGACCACGGUCAGCGCAACCAUGCCGGCAACGACUGCCACUACGACGCCCAGCGCAUGUACUGCAACAGCGGAGGCCAAAGCGGGGGGCUUCGGUGCAAGCGACGCAGCUUGCGCUGCAGCUUGCCAGCGCCUCCCCAGCGGUAUGUGGCCCUGCGGCGAGGGAGGUCUAUGCGUUUGCUGA